AAUGCAAGUGAAAUUCUUGGAAACAGCUUUGCACUUCCUUAAACUGGAAUAAUACACUCUCUUUUGUUUUUAUUUCAAACUGUUGCAAUUGCCUAGCUAUUCCAUGCUUUUUUUGGUAGACAUGAAAUGUAAAAGUCAGAUAAGUUAGCUAUUAGGUUAAGAAAAUUGCUUGAUAAGAGCAUAUAUAAUAUAGAAGCUUCUUUGGGUUGUGAAAGAAUUGAUCUUUUGUGUAGACAUGGGAAGAGGAAAGAUUGAGAUCAAGAGGAUCGAGAACACUACGAAUCGUCAGGUUACUUUCUGCAAGAGAAGAAAUGGGCUGUUGAAGAAAGCCUAUGAAUUAUCAGUCCUUUGUGAUGCUGAAGUUUCCCUCAUCGUCUUCUCUAGCCGUGGCCGUCUCUAUGAGUACGCCAACAACAACAGCAUAAGAUCAACUAUAGAUAGGUCCAAGAAGGUCAGUUCAGAUCGUUCAAAUACUGCCUCCAUCACAGAAAUCAAUGCCCAGUAUUAUCAACAAGAAUCAGCAAAGCUGCGUCAACAAAUUCAGUUGCUACAGAAUUCUAACAGGCACUUAAUGGGAGAAGCCGUGAGUAAUCUGUCGGUGAAGGAGCUAAAGCAGCUGGAGAAUAGGCUCGAAAGAGGCAUGACUAGAAUCAGGUCAAAGAAGGUAUGAACUUGUACAAAUGGAAGCAAAUAUAGGAACAAAUUUCUUGUCA